AUAAACAGAAGUCUUAUCUCUUAUGCACACUAGAUUUAUUUGCCACAUUCAUCAAAUAUUUCUUCAGAAAGCGCGUCUGCCUCCCGUCUCUCCUCUUUUUCCUUCUGGUGCUUUCUUCGAAUAUCAUUCCAUUUCUUUUGUCCUUUUAUUUGUUUCUUUUUUUUUUUUUAAAUGCGUGGAGGAGUAUCUUGCUUUAACAAGCCAUCUGAUUUUAAAGUCCAAUAUUUUCAUAUCCACUUUUUUUUUUCUAUAACACAAACUUGAUUUUUUUUUUCCUUUUAAUCCAAAUCUUCCUCUGUUUUCAUUUUCCUCUUGUCUCUUACUUUACAAAACAACAAGAAAGAAAAGCAAGAAAGAAAAAAUUUGUUAGUUUAUAUAUCUUUUAUUUGUUAAUUAGUUUAUCAUGGAUAUGCAAAUGAAGGCAAGUUCAGUUCUAUCGCCAUCCCCAAGUUCUCCAAGCUUCAAUAAUUACUCUUCAGGCAGGCUUGCUGAAAUUGCUGCAAGAGUUGUUGAAGAAUUCAGACAAGAAUCUGGUUCUCAAGACGACAUCUACGACACUUGGCCCCAACCAAAACAACAUCAACAACCGGUCAUAGAAGAGGAAGACAAUGAAGACGAUGAUUUCGAGUUUGCGUUUGUCUGUAGAGAGCCAGAGGCAUCUCCAAUCUCAGCAGACGAAAUCUUUUACAACGGACAAAUCAGGCCAACCUACCCACUUUUUAACACCAACUUGCUCAACGAUGACCAAACUCCUAAUAGGAAAAACGUUGACUCUACUUCCACUGUAUCCAAACCACGACCACAUCGCUUACCAUUGAGAAAACUCAUGAGCGAAGAACGUGAAACGACUUCAUGUUCAUCCUCAGAAGCUGAUGAGCUCGAUGGGGUGGCGCCAGGUACUUACUGUGUCUGGACACCAAAAGGAGGGUCAUCAGGGACUAUUAACCAAGAAUCCCCUGGAAGAUGCAAGAAGAGCAAUUCAACUGGGUCAUCAAAGAGAUGGAGGUUAAGGGACCUAAUAUAUAGAAGUAACAGCGAUGGAAAAGACACGUUUGUUUUCUUAGCACCAAGCAAGAGAGACAAAACUAGUAACGUCGAUGAUAAUAAGGUAAUGGAAAUUCCGGGAAAGUUUAAGGGAGCUGAAGAACAUUGUGGUAGUAACAGAUACAUGAAACCAGGGGAUAAGAAAAGGCCUUUUUUGCCUUACAGGCAGGACUUGGUGGGAAUAUUUUCUAAUGUCAAUGACUUAAGCAGGAAUUUGCAUCCAUUUUGAAGAUAUUAAUGUUACUAUGUUAGAGCAAAUGAAAGGUGGGCUUAUGUCACCUUCCUAUCCUCUUUUUUUUUCUUCUUCUUAAAUUCCCAUUUUUGUUUUUCAUUUUUGUGUUUUUUUUUUUGAGAAAGUAAAUAUGAUUAGUUUUGAUUAAGAUGUGUUUUCAUCUCUUGUGUAAAUUAAUAUAUAGACAGUGCUUGGAUAAA